GCAGAAAGGAUCGUGUUUUCGGUACGGAUCGCAAAUCAACGGAACGCAGAGUUGCAGUCACUUAAAAGGCCUGUUGUCCAGCCAAUACCAUGGGAAAGAAGAGUCGGUCGAAGAAGUCCGGGUCAGGAGCUAGUGCUGUGGCUUCUCCAAAAGAGAUGAUGAACUUAAUUUCUGAACUGCUGCAAAAGUGCAGCGGUGAUGCUCCAUCUGCCAGAGAAGAGUGGGAGGAAUAUGUUCAAAUUAGAAGCUUAGUGGAGAAGAUCCGCAAGAAACAGAAGGGUAUGUCAGUAGUAUUUGAGUGUUCUAGAAACAACCAUUUCCACGAUCUGGUGUCCUGGGCAAAAGAGAAUGGGGUCGCCUGUGAUAGUUUCAGAAUUGCCAACUUUGGAAAAGAAGGAUAUGGCCUACAAGCCACCAGAGACAUCAAGGCAGAAGAACUGUUCUUGUGCAUUCCGAGGAAGAUGCUGAUGACAGUGGAAUCGGCACAGAAUUCUAUUCUCGGACCUCUGCUCCGCCAGGAUCGGAUUCUUAAGGCUAUGGGAAAUGUUUCCCUGGCCCUCCACCUGCUUUGUGAGCGAGCGAAUUCUGCAUCAUUGUGGCUGCCAUAUAUCCGCAGUCUUCCUCAGGAUUACAGUACUCCACUGUAUUACCAGCAGGAUGAGGUCCACCUGCUUCUCGGCACACAGGCUAUUCAGGAUGUCCUUAGUCAGUUUAAAAAUACAGCACGCCAAUACGCCUACUUCUACAGACUUUUACAGACUCAUCCUGCUGCCAGUGUUCUACCCUUGAAAGACAGUUUCACAUUUGAUGACUACAGGUGGGCAGUGUCUUCUGUCAUGACCCGUCAGAACCAGAUCCCUACUGAGGAUGGCAGCCGGAUCACACAGGCCCUCAUUCCUCUUUGGGACAUGUGUAACCACAUAAAUGGACUGAUCACCACAGGUUACAACUUAGAGGAUGACCGUUGUGAAUGUGUGGCACUGCGAGAUUACAAGGAGAAUGAACAGAUUUACAUCUUUUAUGGCACAAGAUCCAAUGCCGAAUUUGUCGUCCAUAAUGGCUUCUUCUUCCAAGACAACGUCCAUGACCGGGUGAAGAUCAAGCUGGGCAUCAGUAAAAGUGAGAGGCUCUACGCCAUGAAGGCAGAGGUGCUGGCACGUGCUGGUCUACCAGUGUCUCAUGUCUUUGCUCUGCACGCCAAAGAAUUCCCUGUUUCACCUCAGUUACUAGCUUUUCUAAGAGUCUUCUGCAUGACAGAGGAGGAACUAAAAGACUACCUCGUUGGAGACUCUGUCAAUAAGGUCUUGAACCUGGGCAAUUGUGAAUAUCCAGUUAGCUGGGACAAUGAAAUCAAAAUGUGGACUUUUCUGGAGACCAGAGUCACGCUGCUGCUCAAGAAUUAUAAGACUACCGCCGAGGAGGACACUGUCAUGCUGCAGCAAACUGAUCUGUCUCAUCAUGCUCGUAUGGCUAUCCAGCUCCGCCUGGCGGAAAAGCAGAUCCUGCUAAAAUCACUCGUCAAUGGACAAGCCAAACUUGCGGACUUAGCCAAAAACAUGGCAGAGGGCAAACCUUUGUCUUGCUGUGACAAUGACAACAUUACAAAUACUAAUGUUGAUGCAAAGCUUCCAGUUAUGUUGCACAAGGUGGAGAAGUUUGAACAGGAGAAGCACAAUGACGCUCUGAAUGGAGGUCAGAUUAUGUUCGAGGCUAUUCAAUCUCCAGCGCAAGAAUAGAGCUUUGACGAAUACAGUUACACCACCUGUAUGUAUAGGUAAAAGACUGAAAUAAGACUAAAAAAAUAUGUUUCUAUUACUUAUUAAAGAUCUAAAUAUUUAUUGGGAUGGUGUCCUAAUCCGUCCACAUGAGUGUAUAGUUCAGGGGUCGGCAACCUUUAGCAUCAAAAGAGCCAUCAGGACCGUCAAGGACCUUUUGGAAAAUCCAAAAUAGAAUACAAUGUGUAAUUGCACAGUGGCCAUUCCAGUUGGCGGGUAGACACUGUGACCUUACACUGCAAAUCCACCGCACAUCCACUCUGGGGAAUAGUGGCAUCUGAGUGAGGUCAUGAACAUAUACUGUACUUUAUUUAGACUGGAGGGACAGAAGUACACUUUCAAACAAAAUUUUAAGACCAGUUGAAAAAUUACAAGAAGCGAAUGUAAAAAAAAAAAAACAACCUAGAUCUUCAUUAUGCAAAAAGAAGAAAUGGGAGCAGGAGACUAAACAUUUUUGAGUAGGCAAUUUAUUAACAACUGAACUGAAAAAGGCUGUUCUGAUUUAAAAAAAAACAAAAAAAAUCAACAAAAAAAACCCCUCCACAAAACAGAAAUAAUCCAUCCAUCCAUUUUCCUCCGCUUGUCCGGGUCCGGGUCGCGGGGGCAGCAGUUGCAGUAGGGAAGCCCAGACUUACCGGUCCCCGGCCACCGGGAGGACACCAAGGCGUUCCCAGGCCAGUUGUGAGACAUAAUCCCUCCAGCGUGUCCUAGGUCUGCCCCGGGGCCUUCUCCCGGCUGGGCAUGCACGGAGCACCUCAUCAGGGAGGCAUCCGGACUAGAAGCCUGCGCCACCUCAACAGGCUCCUCUCGAUGUAAAGGAGCAGCGGUUCUACUCUGAGCCCCUCAGACUGAGCUCCUCACCCUAUCUGUUAGGGUGAAUCCAGCCGGCCUACAGAGGAAACUCAUUUCAGUCGCUUGUAUCCGCGAUCUCGUUCUUUCGGUCACAACCCAGAGCUCAUGAUCAUAGGUGAGGGUGGCAACACAGAGCUUUGCCUUCUGGCUCAGCUCUCUCUUCACCACAACACUGCAACGAUCGACCUCACGCUCCAACCUUCCCUCACUCCUGAACAAGAACCCCGAGAUACUUGAACUUCUCCACCUGGGGCAGGACCUCUGUCCCAACCUGGAGGUGCUGAGUCUCAUCUCAGAAGCUUCACACUUGGAUGCAAACCAGCCCAAUAAACGCUGAAGGUCAGAGCCCGAUGAGGCCAUCAGGACCACAUCGUCUGCAAAUAGCAGAGACGAGAUCCUAAGACCACCGAACUGGACUCCCUCAACACCUUGGAUGCGCCUAGAAAUUCUGUCCAUAAAAAUUAUGAACAGAGUCGGUGACAAAGGGCAGCCUUGGCGGAGGCCAACGUUCACCGGAAACAUGCUAGACUUACUGCUGGCAAUGCGAACCAGGCUCCUGCUCCCGUUGUCCAAGGACUGAAUGGCAAGUAGUAGCACGCCAUCAAUCCCGUACUCCUGAAGCACCCCCCCCCACAGGACACCGCGAGGGACACGGUCUGAUGUCUUUUACAAGUCUACAAAGCACAUGUAGCAAACUCCCAUGUACCCUCCAGUACCCUUGCAAGGGUGCAGAGCUGGUCCAGUGUUCCGCGACCGGGAAGAAAACCACAUUGCACCUCCUGUAGCCGAGGUUCGACUAACAGUCGUACCUUUCUCUCCAGGCCUGGCUCCAGGGUGAGGCCCCGGUAUCUGACGUCCGGGUGAGGUGCGGUCCCUCCUCUUGCUUUUAUUCAUAAGGUAAAAAGUGGCGUCCUUGAUCAGUUGAAAAGUUCAUUUAUGUACGCUUGAUGCAAGUGAUCCAGAUGGCUUGUAGGAACGUUGCGGCAAGCGGCUUCACGAUGGGUGUCCGCUGUCUGGAACUGUUCAUUUUUGUAAAUUUCCCUUGCCAUCAGACCCCACUGUUUUGUGAAACUGCAAAUUAUUUGCCACUUGCCAAGGUUUAAAAUCAUCUUUGUAGACAUGUUAGAUAAUUUCCCUAGUUUUAAGGGCUGUUUACUCAUUAACUUUAUAGUAUAGCCUUAAUUUUAGAAUGCGGGAUUAUGAAUGAGGGAGGAUAGAGUUUAUUCGUUUUGCACUAAUAUGUAAUUCCAUUUUCACUUAUUUUAAUAAUAUUUCACUUUUUGUUGGUUGUAUGUAUGGUCGUAUUUUAUUGUGGAAAAAAAGUAUUUUCACUUUAAAGGUCCUGUCUAGAUAUAGAAAUCUUUAUUUGGAUUUUUUUUUAUCAAGUAAAAUUAACUAGCUCCAUAGAGAGAUAAUUUCACUACUUUUCAGUAUUUUUUUCCCCCAAUAUCUAGUCUGAUUAUCUUAUAUUUGGCAAGCCCUUUUUUGCAUUUAAGAUGGAUUUAGGCUUAUUUCAAAAGCUGUGAACUAGUUUCAGGAUACAGCUUUGUUACUUUACACUCGUUUUAGGUGUUAGGUUGGGGCGGCCGUGGCUCAGGAGGUAGGAAGGUUGGGCGGUUGGAUCUUCGCUCCCUCCACCCAGUCACUGUCGUGACACUUCACCCACCUUGUUCGGACGAGACAGAAGGAUGCCUACUGCUAGGUGUUAGGUAAUUUUCAAUUAAAAAUGUGUUAAUAUUUCUUAUUUUAGGAACAUUUCACUUCUUAUCGGUUGUAAUAAGGUAAAACAUAAGUAUUUUAUUCUAAAAAUAAGUAUUUCCAUCUUAAAGGUCCUGCUCAUAUUUAGAUAUAAAAAUCUUAAAUCUAGGAUUUUGUUCCUGCUUAUUUCUAGAUAGAGAUCUUAAUUUAAGAUGAAAUUUACUUGCUGCAUGGACAGAUGAUUUCACUAGUUUUCAGUAGUUUUUUCCAAAAAUCUCGUCGUUUUGUCUUAUAUUUGGCCAGCCAUUUUUUUUUGCAGUGUAAAAGCAGUGGUUUUAAACUUGUGAUCAGCUGCUGAACAGCCUAUUUCAGUACAAUGAUUUCAAUAAAUUCCUUGGUCUCAAUUGUUUGUCUCUUGCUCUGAUGACUAUUUUUGUAUUUUGAAACCCUACCAAACAAUCUUCACAUCCAACAGUGUAAAAUGCCUGUUUUUGCAAUUUUUCAACUGAUUUUAGGAUUAUGACUGUAUAAAUGUAUAUACUUGUACAUGUAUACACUGAGUGUAUAAAGUGGCUAAAUGAACAAAAAUACACAUAGAAGGCACUCAGAAAAUGCAUUGAAAGACACAUGAAGUGUCGUAUUCUACACUGGUCACUACUGUAGUGUCAGUAAUGGUAGAUGCUAAUGUGUGAGUCUGCAUUAUGUCUUAUUUUCGAUUAUUAUGUCUACUAUAUGGGGUGAUAUUUCCUGCAGGGCUCUAAUGUUAAACACAUUUAGAAGGUCAUAAAUGGGGUUUCUAUCCUCUAUGAAAAUAUUCCAUUUAUAAAGAAGGAAUCCUUCCAUCCAUUUUCUAUACCGCAUCUCCUCAUUAGGGUCGCGGGGGUAUGCUGGAGCCUAUCUCAGCUGACUUCAGGCGAGAGGCGGGGUACACCCUGGACUGGUUGCCAGCCAAUCGCAGGGCACAUAUAGACAAACAACCAUUCACUCACAUUCAUACCUAUGGACAAUUUAGAGUCACCAAUUAACCAGGAAUCCUACUAGGUGGAAAUUCACUUAUCACAGUCUGGUCUGGAAGGGAUUAACCACGAUAAACAAGGUAUUACUGUACAUCAAUAACAGACCUUUAAUGACGCCUGACAGCUAAAACACAGUAUUGUAGUGCCCUCUGCUCAUGAGAGACUCACGUUGCCGAUGCACUUCAGUCAUUUUAUUAACGAGGAGAAUAAUGCAAAAUAAACAUUCACACAAGAGCUGCUGUCAGCCACAACUCACGCCAGUCUCUCAUACACUCGACUUCCUUCAACACUGAGCUAACACAGGCACACUCUAGCUCAGGGGUCGGCAACCUUUAGCGUCAAAAGAGCCAUUUUGCCUCCUCUUCCAGUAAAAAAAAAAAAAAAAGUCUGGAGCCGCGAAACUUUACACUGCUUAUAAACUUGUCAAAGUUGUAAUUUUUUUUAAAUGUUACCUGUUACAGCAACAAAAUUCAACAAAUAAAAGUGCAGCAAGCAUGUGUAGGCUUACUCUGAAACCAUUUAAACGCCUUUCUCAGUGGUUCCUGUAUUUGUUUAAAAUGAAAACAAAAUGUAGCCAACUUUAACAUGAAAAAAGCUC